AUGACGACUGCUGCACGGCCGACGUGGGCUCCUGCCAAGGGAGGUAACGAGCAGGGUGGUGCUCGGAUCUUCGGCCCGUCUCAGAAGUAUUCGUCCCGAGAUGUCGCCGCUCACACAACUUUAAAGCCAAGGAGGGAAGGGCAACACACUCAAGAGGAACUAGAGAAGAAAGAUCUUCGUGAGGAGCUUGAAGAGCGUGAGAGGAGACAUUUCUCAUCCAAAGACAAACCUUACAGUGAUGAUAGAGACCGCAGGAGAGGAAGUCAGCUAUUACUUGAAGGCUCUAAAAGGGACCCUGAAGAUCGGAUUAUUCCUCGCAGUGUAGAUGCUGAUGACUCUGAUGUGGAUAUCAAAAGUGAUGAUGAUAGUGAUGAAGAAAGUGACGAUGAUGAUGAGGACGACACUGAAGCUCUUAUGGCUGAACUCGACCAGAUAAAGAAAGAAAGAGAAGAGGAGAAGCUCAGGAAGGUAAAGGAGCAGGAAAUGGAAGAGCUAAACGCCAAGGAAGAGGAACUUCUCAAAGGAAACCCACUGCUCAACACUCCAACUUCGUUUAGCGUCAAAAGGAGGUGGGAUGAUGAUGUGGUAUUCAAGAAUCAGGCACGUGGGGAAAUGAAAGCACCAAAGCGCUUCAUCAAUGAUACAAUCAGGAAUGACUUUCACAGAAAAUUCCUGCACAGAUACAUGAAGUGA